AGGCGCUCAUACACAGCAUCCAAUCCAUCCUGUUUUGGUGCAAAAGAAAAGGAAAGGAAAAAAAACAAGAAGAAGAAGAAGAAGAAGAAGAAUUUAUUUAGAGCGAAAAGACAGAGAGGGAGAAUUGAAGUUAAUAUAGCAAUAACGUUGUCAGAUUAAUAUUAGAUUACUAAGUAAAAUAACAGACUCGCUCACAUUUAUCUCUAAAGAGAGAGCGAUCAGCAGCAGCAAAGCCAUGGAGGCGGAAUUGAAAGAGAUACUUAAUGAUCCUGAUUCUCUCAGACAAUCCUUGCCUGAUCCUUCUUCUAUUCAUAUGCUGCAGUCGCGUGUUGAGCAUCUCACGAAGCUGGCCAAGUCUGCAUCUGCUGGGCGUACGAAAGUCAAAGUUUCGUCUAUGGGUAUAGUGGUGUAUAGGGUUGUGGGUUUCUGAUGGUGAAUUUUUUUGUUGCUGUUGUGGUGGUGGUGGUGACAGGUGGUGGAUAGUAAUCCGUAUAGUAGGCUAAUGGCACUUCAGAGGAUGGGUAUAGUGGACAAUUAUGAGAGAAUUCGGGACUUCUCGGUUGCCGUCAUUGGAGUUGUUGCAGGGCUCUUAGUGCAAAAUACGCUGAAGUUCCUGCUACAGUUUGGACAUGUCUCUCCUUACCUGGGUUACAAUUCUCUUAAAGAUUAUUUCCCAACCAUGGAAAUGAGGCCAAAUCCUCAAUGUUCAAAUGCAGCUUGUCUAGAGCGUCAGAAAGAAUACCUCCUUGAAAAGCCUGCUGGGGAUGCUGCAAUCAGAGCCAAGAUGGAGGCAGAAGCAUUAUUAGUUCCAGAAGGCCCACUCCAUGCGGAUAAUGAAUGGGACAUCAGUGUUGUUGACGACAGUGAGCCCGAAAAGACAGAUGCCACAAGUUCAGAUGCUCUUAAGGUCUUACUCGUGAGCUCCCAACUGCAGAUGAGUUUCAAAAACCCCCAGCUGCUGAACCAGCUACAACUUCGUUUGAUGACAUUGAAGAACUUCGGAAGCAACUUGAUGCCCUUAAUGCUGAUUAAGGUCCAAUAUUAGCAUUUAGUGCAGAUACAGAGUAGAAAGAGGGAUCCACUAUAAACAGCGUGGGAUAACUGCCCAACUGAGUUUGCAGUCGAAGCUGUUACCUUGUCAUCACUCCGACCUAGUUAAAGCUGUUGACUGAGAUGAUACAACACAGCCAUACUUGUUUCUCCUGACAGAGAUGGUAAAAUACACAACCAUACUUGUAUCUGCUGGGUAAUUGUAGCUAGCAUCCAAGAAUUCUUCAUGAUAGAUAGUUUUUCUUGGUGAGAGGUUCCAAUCGUCAGUUAAUGAAAGAUGCAACAUACAGGUUAUAACAAGGCUUGAUCUUAUAACUGCAGGUGAUGCUCAGGCUUGACAAAUGAACAGCAAUAAAGUCAUUAUCUAGGACUCUUGGAACUUGAUCGAAAUUUGGUCCGUCUGGGGUUGGUGUUUUCUGAACUGCCAUUGGAAGAACAAGUACGAUUAAAAAUAGAUCAUGAAAAGCCAAAUGCAUUGAAAUCCCAAAGCUGCUGCAAAUUAUCCUCGUUGGGUUAGAGUAUUUGUUAAUGCGCAACAAAACAGUUUGGGGCAUGUAUUGGCAUGGCACGUUAAGCUUGGUGUCAUUGACUGGUUAUCAGUACCAAGUGAUACACAAUUUGAUGCAUCAAACAAAGGAAGUGCUUUGGCCAAAGUAAACCUCAGUGGGAGCUUCAAGUAGAUUAACUGAGAAAAAUCAGUGCAGUGUUUAACACUGCUUCCACGAAACAGCAAGCAAAACUUACUUUAAUACCAGCCAUGGACAGUAACUUGUGUGAAGCAAUGUACGCCAUGUCUGAAUUGUUCUUCUCUAUAAAAUAUAUAACUUCAGACACGCCCGACUGCAAGAAAGAAGCCAAGCUAAAUCCAUUUAGAAAUCAAUUGUGAAAGGCAAGAAAAUAGGAAAAAUGAAGGAGAGCACUGAGAAUGGGGCACAUUUCUAGAGCUUGUAAACAAAUACCAGCACGGUGGCAAAGAGUUAGAUUCCACUGAGAGCCAGUUUUUCUAGGCAAUAAAGAAAAAUUAUUUAGAUCAUAUCAUGUAGCCGCCUUGUCAGCCUAUCACUGGAUGGUUAAUUAGGGUUUUCAGCACUAUGUCUCAUAAAGUUUGUGUAUAUUUAUGCAGUAGGCUGCUAUAGUUGAACACUGCAGGUUGCCACCUAAAGUCUUAUUCAGCCUUGUUAGAAAGACAUCAACUGAAAACAUAAACUAUAAUGUUCCUAUC